AUGAUAUUAUUUUGCAUGCUUUUGUAUGCCGUAAAAGGCUCAACAUUGAGCUUCGGCGCGGAACCAGAAGCAGUACAAGCGAUCAUCGGCGAAAAAGUAACACUCCAAUGCCGCGUCGAUGGGAACGAGAAAGAAGAUCGCUACAUGGUUCAAUGGCUCAAAGCUGGAUUGGGACUUGGAUUUCCUCCCCUUCUGAAAUCCCGCUACUCCGCAGCAAUCGGCGCUUCUGACUACUCACCAGUUCGAGUGUCAGAUUACUCCUGCCGGGCUACGCUCAAAGGUUGCAAAACUCUCCGUCCUCGUCCCACCAAAGACCGUCGACAUCUCCCCGUCUCUGGCGAAUUCGAAAGCAUCAAAACCGGCAACGUCGAAAUGAUCAAAGUCGUCGAAGGUCGACCAACGAAAGUCCGCUGCAUCGCCACUGAUUCAAAGCCGCAAACGAACCUCCAAUGGACUCUUGGAGAUGACGAAGUAGAAUCAACAGCUUCCGUUUCCGGCGAUUUGCUGCUCACCACCUUUUCCGAAGUGACCAUCGUCCCGAGCAAGAGCGAUAAUGGCAAGCAAUUGAGCUGUCUUGCUGAGAAUCCGGCACUUGGCGCCACGCCUACUCGUGUUCUUGUUCAGCUUGAUGUACAAACUCUGCCAGAGGUCACGGUCGUUCUUCCAGAUGAGCCUGUACCUGAAGGAUCUUCCCUCACCGUCCAAUGCCUUAGCGAAAGCAACCCACCCGCCACAUCAUUUUCCUGGUCUCUAGAUGGAGUCGUAUUGGAUUCCGACGACUCCGUGGCCAGUUUGACAAUUCCAAAUGUGGACUGGUCGUUUCACACGCGAAGAAUUGAGUGCACAGCCAGAAAUGCCAUUGGAUCUGGAUCUACUGCUGCAAGCAUCAGCGUUUUAUUCGCUCCCGUGAUCGUCGGAGAACCCCUCCGGCGAACAAUCGCUGAUCAGCCCGGCCGUUCUGUCGAAAUCGAAUGUCCGAUUUCCGCCAAUCCGGAGCCCGAAUACACCUGGAUCAAGGAUGACGUCACCGUGCACACAACCAGCUCUAGAAUUCUCAGCAUCGAGCGUGUCAACUCCAAGCACGCCGGCAACUACCGCUGCAUCGCUGAAAGCCCCCUUGGAAACGCCGAAGCAACAGUUCAAGUUGCGAUUAAGGGGCCACCGAGCAUUCUUUCUGGAAAAGAGCAAUUUGGCAUGGAGCUUGAAUGCGCGUUCGUUUCAGAGCCGAAGCCGAACCACGUCAGAAUCGUUGACCUUGGCAAAGCGGAGGAUGAAGGGAUCAUCCACGAACUCUUCGGAGACGCUGUUCAAAACGUGAAGAUUAAUGUCGGCAUCGGCCAAUUUGAGUGCUUGGUCGAGAACGAGCUUGGAACUUCCACCAGCAUCAUCAGACUCCAGCCUGAAGGUAUUACCGCGCAGGCGAAAUUUGGCAUCGUCUUUGGCAUUUUGGGAUUCGGGCUGAUUUUCUGCCUCGCUCUCUGCGUCAAACUCAGAUGGUUCCCACGUGAGCAGCAGCUCAAGAUCAACCUCAACGACAACGAUUUCGACUCCCGCUCCGAGCGCCAGUUCAACUACGACCCCGUCCGCGGCUACAACCCAUCAUUGAGUUCCGCUCAAGUCCGCUCCGCUCAGAACCCGCUCAAAAUCCACUCGAGCUCGGACGAAGUUUUCUUGGCCGACGAAACUCAAUCCUCCCGCCACGUGCGACUUGGAAACAGCCUCGGAAUAAACGCAGACACAGCUUCGACCGAAAGAUCUCAUCAUGAUGAUGGCUAUGGAACGGAAUCUGGAUCUAAUCAAAAAGUUAAUACUAUGUCCGACGCGUCCGAGUCGAACUCCGACUACGAAGUCCACGUCGCCUCCCUCUCCAGCGCCGCCGGAGCAGUUCCCAACUCCGACAAGAGCUCGAAAAUCUGCGUGAUCUGGGACGACUCGACCGGUUCUUACAACCCGAGCCAAAUCCGUGCUCAUACGGCGGCUCUGCAAAGCAAAAUGAACCGCGCCAGAUCUGUUUCUCAUGUCUAA